AUGGCCGACUAUGCCUCCACCCCGUUGACCACCACCACCCUGGGGACGGCCCUCCUCCGACUUAGCCCGCUCAUGAUCUCCUCGGCCUCACUGAUGCGCGCCUGGGACCAGCAGAACGCCUUCCGCUCGUUCCUGGCGCCGCCGCUCUUGCGCAAGCCCCACGACAUCUGCGCGCAUGUUGUGGUCGACUGGUUCGCUGAGUUCGCUAAGCCAACCAAGUGGGUGAUCAUCCUGUCGUACCCAUUUGCCCUGAUCAUCGCCUUCAUCAAUGCCUUCGGGGCGCCCGGCGCAGGCCUCCACCCUGGAAAAGUCACAACGCGAUUCUGA